AUGACCAAAAAUUAUAGGGACAACAGCUGGGAAAAGGCUGAAGUAGUGGAGCGCCUAGGACCAGUAUCUUACCAGGUAAAAACAGCGGGAGGAAAUGUAGGAAAGAGACACGUCGAUCAGUUGAAAUCAUGUAAUAGAGAAGAAAAAAUGAGUGUAAGUGCGAAUAAAGAAGCGAGUAAAAGCGGAGACACUAUAAAUCCAACUUGUAAACCAGCGCAUGUUGGUCAGGCCGAGACACCAUUAGUAAGUAAGAACUGCGAUAAAAAUGAUUCGGCGGAAUUAAAUGUAGAGUCGAAUGUCAUAAGUCGCUCAACUAGAAUUCGUCAAGUACCAGAAAAGUUAAAUUUAUAA